AUGCCAUCGUUACGGUAAUCGAAAGCGUAGCAAACCCAGAAGAGACAACCAUUGCUAGGUCAAGCUAGUUUCGCGGACUGUGCGUCCAUCUAAUUUUCUUCAAUAGUUAACAGUAUCGCCGUAAUACACAGUAUUUCAUUUCACGGGAUCCCUUAAUAGGCAAAACAAAGCAUUACAAUGCACUGUUCCUCAUUUCUGGCGGCCCUUCCAAUGGCAUCGUUACGGUAAUGUAGAGCGUAGCAAACCCAGAAGAGACAACCAUUGCUAGGUCAAGCUAGUUUCGCGGAACGUGCGUCCACCUAAACAACAACAGAAUUAUAUGUUGUUACAACAUAGCUACAACGUGGUGUUUUCAAUAAUUAUACAACUUAAGGCUUGAAGACCAUUAUCGCUUCGAAGAACAUGUUAACACCCAAGCUAAUGUAGCAAUAGCUCUCCAGUAGCACCUGAUGUAAAGAUGGGGGAAUCCUUAUCAGGGGUUAACGUGGUGCUGGUGAUGGCGUACGGCAGCUUGGUGUUCGUGCUGCUGUUCAUUUUCGUUAAAAGGCAAAUUAUGCGUUUUGCAAUGAGAUCACGCCGCGGCCCGCACGCACCGAUUGGCCACAAUGCUCCAAAGGGUUUGCGCGAGGAGAUCGACUCCAGCUUGACCAAAGUUCAUGAGAUCCGGUUCGAACCUCGCCUCCUUUUAGAGGAAGACGCCAGGCUGAGGCAUGGAUCACAAAUGAGUUGCUACAACUACCUGUAUCGAAUGAAAGCCCUGGAUGCCAUUCGUGACUCAGGAAUUCCACUGCAGGACGUAUGCAGCACUCCCACUGCCUUCACGGGGAGGCACUUCCGGAAUUGGUUGCUGGAGCUUCGCAAUUCCCACUCCUUGAUCAAGAGCAGCCGAAGCGCACUGAUAGAACGCCUCCUGGAGGGCUACGACAGUGCCCGCCAUGGCACUGGGGUGUUUGGAGAAGUGGAAUUUCUUGAAUACCAGCAGGCGCUUAAUGAAUUAGCUGACGUUGUUAAGGCCUACUCCAGCAGCACCAGCCUGGACCAGCACCACCAGUCAGCAGCCAAAGACCUGACAGGCUCCCCGGCCCGGAACACCCCUUCCACCAUCCAGGUCACCUACCUGCCCUCUACCGGGCCACGCAGCAAGAGACCCAAACACUUCCUGGAACUGAAGAGCUUCAAAGACAACUACAACACACUGGAGAGCACUUUGUGAUGCUAUGUUGACUUGACUUUUACAGUGCAACAAUGAGUCAAGUCUGUAUGCUCUAUAUGUGGAGCACUCUCCUGUUAAGGACCUACUGUAAAAACAUGUCCAAGAUCCUCUAUAUAACAGGAGCUUGCUGUUUUUUUGUUGGUUUUUUUGGGCUUGCUGUUUUUAAUGGACCUGCUGCAAAAGAUCCUCUAUAUGAGAGCUUUCAGCUGCCCUUAGUGACCUACUUCCAAACGCUUGUCAAAGAUCCUAAAACUCACAGGAGAUCACUGCUGAUUUUAGGGAUCUGCCACAAAACAAAAAGAAAAAGUCAAAAGAUCCUUUAUGUGACAAGACCUCUCUAUGGUCUCCAAAACUUGAUAUUCAAGUUGUGCGUCAUGUCAUGUGUCUUUCAGUCCACUAGAGGGCAGUGUAAGGUAGCUUGAAGGCGUCCGUCGACUGGAAUAAAACGCUGUGUUUUAAA